CUUUCAGGAAUUUAUAACUAAAGUCUUUUCUUCAAACACAACAAAUCUGAAGUCAAUCUGAGCCUCAGAAAUAGAAUUAUGAAUUUUUUUUAAAAAUCCUUGUAUGUACAGGGUGUUUUUUCAUAUAUUGACACCCCACCUACAGCCUUUACCUUUACAGAUAGAUGAAAGGUGUAAAUACAAAAGUUGUACAGUAUUGACUAAAUUCUUAGAAUCCAUGGUCAGAAACAAAAAUUGA